UAAAUCCCGUAGAUGAGCUCUCCAGCCACCCUUUGGGGAAAGGCAAACUGCUGCAGGAAGUGCUUGGGACUCUCCUUCAGUGAACCAUGGGGCUCAGUGAUCAGGAGUGGCAGAAGGUCCUGACCAUCUGGGGAAAGGUGGAGUCUGACCUCCCUGGCCAUGGGCAUGCAGUUUUAAUGAGGCUCUUUCAGGAUCAUCCUGAGACCAUGGAUCGCUUUGAAAAGUUCAAGGACCUGAAGACCCCUGAUCAAAUGAAGGGCUCUGAAGCUCUGAAGAAACAUGGAGUUACUGUCCUUACCCAGCUGGGCAAAAUCCUGAAGCAGAAGGGUAAUCAUGAAUCAGAACUAAAGCCCCUGGCUCAAACCCAUGCCACCCAGCACAAAAUCCCUGUCAAAUAUCUGGAGUUCAUUUCUGAAGUCAUUAUCAAGGUCAUUGCCGAAAAACACUCUGCAGACUUUGGGGCUGAUUCUCAGGCUGCAAUGAAGAAAGCUCUGGAGCUGUUCCGAAAUGAUAUGGCCAGCAAGUACAAGGAGUUCGGUUUCCAGGGUUAGCAUGUAUGCACUGAGGGACACCAUGAUGGAGGCCUGGCCAUGCAUCUUGGAAUAGCUUCCCCAGCCCUGUUCUGGACAUCUCACAAUUGGCCAUCCAAGAUGUAUGGGAAAAGUUUGAUGAGAGGCCAAGAGUCACUCCGGGCAGCAUAGAGGCAUUCAGAAUCACAUCCAUGAUAAACCGUUGUUUCCUGGCUUCAUGUAUACAAAAGAAAUAAUCUGCUUUCUUAGGAAAAAUAAUGUAAAGGGUUAUCUAUGAGCUUCUGCCUAUCUUAUCUCCUUUUUUCUUUCUUCCUCUCUGGGACCCAGUCUCAUCUGAGAGGCGAAUGGCAUGGCCAAAGAUGAAGGGAUGUGGAGGAACAAGGGGAGUGUUUGAGUAGUAUGGUGAAUGAGAGUGAAGGGAAGACUCAACUACUGUGAAAGGGAUAUUAGCAUGGGAAGCAGGGGCACAGUGUCCCUUGACUCCUGCAGGUGAGACUGUUAGCAGGUUACUGUGGGGAGCACACUAUAACCUUACUUUGUGGGGGUGAAUGCAGCCAGUCAGUCUCCAGGGUCUGCCAGCUUGGAAAUUUGCGUUAGGUGCUAGACUUAUGUUAGCAAAACUACAAAGAGGAAUACUCUCUGCAAUCUGUAGAUUUCUGGCAGUUGCUGCUAUGCUUCUCAAGUUCUGUUGCACUGGGAUGUAAAGUAUGUGUUUCUCAGAAAAUAAAAACUCCUGCACCAA